GAUACAGGAGGGAGGAGAGCCGGAGGAGUCUUAAAAGAACGCAACACCACAGGACAGACGACUUCUCUCCAUCCCCCCCCCGCACUCUGGAAUUCUUCUAUUGGGUUCCUUUUUAGAUUUCCUUUUUAAAUCACCUUUCUCCACUAUGAACACACCAAUGACAACUGCUGCCGUGGCGUUGGCCACCUGCCACACCAACGCCACGAUAUGCUCGGGGACGUCGUGCCUGGUGGCUCCCAGCAACUACAACGAGAACCUGAGCCUAGUUCUCAGCAUCGUGUUGACCGUCAUGCUGGCCAUGGUCAUGUUCUCCAUGGGCUGCACCGUGGAGGCCGGAAAGCUGUGGGGACACAUCAAGAGGCCAUGGGGAAUUUUUAUCGGCUUCUUGUGCCAGUUCGGCAUCAUGCCCUUCACCGCCUUCGCCCUGUCGCUGGCCUUCAACGUGCUGCCCGUGCAGGCCGUCGUCAUCAUCAUCAUGGGCUGCUGUCCCGGUGGCUCCAGCUCGAAUAUCAUUGCCUACUGGCUGGAUGGAGACAUGGACCUCAGUAUCAGCAUGACAGCCUGCUCCUCUAUCCUGGCCCUGGGGAUGAUGCCUCUGUGUCUGCUCAUCUACACGUCUGUCUGGACCUCUGCUGACACCAUCCAGAUCCCCUACCAAAGCAUAGGUAUCACUUUGGUGUCCCUCCUCAUCCCCGUCGCCCUGGGAAUCUACGUCAAAAACAAGUGGCCCGAAAUAGCCAAAAAGAUCCUCAAGGUGGGUUCCAUAGUUGGCCUCCUCCUCAUCAUCAUAAUUGCGGUGGUUGGUGGGGUGCUGUACCAGUCCUCCUGGACCAUCUCUCCCUCUCUCUGGAUCAUCGGAGCCAUCUAUCCCUUCGUAGGCUUCACCCUGGGCUUCUUCAUGGCCCGCUUUGUCGGACAACCCUGGCACAGGUGUCGUACCAUCGCCCUGGAGACAGGCUUCCAGAACUCCCAGUUGUGCAGCACCAUCGUCCAGCUGUCGUUCUCCCCUGAAGACCUGGAGGUCAUGUUCGCCUUCCCACUCAUCUACAGCAUCUUCCAACUGGUGGUGGCUGUCAUGUUUGUUGGAGCUUACCAGAUGUAUAAGAGGAAGUGUGGAGCGGGUUCAUCUGAGUUAGACAGCGAGGGAGCAGAGGGGGAUGCUGAGGCACCUAAGGAUAAGCAGGAGUACGCCCUGGAAAAUGGAGGCUUCGAGUGCGACGAGAAUGGCAACAAUGGAGAAAAGGGCAAGAUCACCCAGAUGUGAGCACGGACAGGCCGCGGGACUCUGACAGCAGCACGCAGCGACCUGGGUGCAAUACCGUACCUACAUCCUUCCCACUCAAUCACACCAUGCACAGGGUUGCAGUGUGGUAGUGACUGAGGCGAGGUAUUGUGAGAUUUGUUGAGUGGUGAGAGACACAGAGGAAACUGUUCACCAUGAAAAGGUUUCUGUCUAGUCACUCCUGUCAGAACUACAAUAACUUUUUCAAUAUUUAUAUUUGCAAACCAGUCAACCUAAACUAAUUUAUUAGUCCAUGUCGUAGGACUCAUGACACACACACACCAGCAUUAAGACAUUAUAUUGAGUUUUAAAUGGACCCCUCCAGGAUAUUUCAUGUUUUGGUGUAUUUUUUUACAUUUACAUAGAUGAAUAGACUAAAUACAGACUAUACCAAACAUGAAGAACCCCUUCCUAAUAUUGAGUUGCACCCCCUUUUGUCUUCAGAACAGCUUCAAUUUGUCGUAGCAGGGACUACAAGGUGUAGAUGCUGGUCCAUGCUGACUCCAAUGCUUCCCACAGUGGUCAUGUGUGCUGGAUGUCCUUUGGGUGGUACACACAUUCUUGAUACACACGGGAAACUGUUGUGUGAAAAACCCAGCAGCAGUGCAGUUCUUGACACAACCCGGUGCACCAGGCACCUACUAACAUAUCGGGUUCAAAGGCACUUAAUUCUUUUGUCUUGCCCAUUCACGUUCUGAAUGGCACACAUACAAAAUCAAUUGCCUUAAGGUUAAAAAAAUAUUUAAAAAAUCCCUCUUUAACCUGUCUCCUCCCCUUCAUCUACACUGAUUGGAGCGGAUUUUAACAAGGGACAUCAAUAAGGGAUCAUAGCUUUUACCUGGUUAGUCUAUGUCGUGGAAAGAGCAGGUGUUCAUAAUGUUAGGUAUACUCAGUGUAUAUAUCUGUGACGAACUCUCCACAUUGCACUGCACCUUAGUUGUUCUCUUUGUCUUGUGCGCAGAGGCUAGUUGCUAGUGUGUUGUCUUAAAGAAGGUACCUACCCACCUGAUCUUUUCAUGUGUAAAUGUACCCGGAAAUGAAAUAAAGGUGAACAUUUUGAGUGGUC